UGUCAAAACAAACAAGCGUAUUCUUAGAAUAAAGGUGCUAGCUCUUUGCAUAAAGAAUAAAACAAUUGUUAAAAAGUAUAAAUAGUACUUACUUUGUAUUUUCAAAAUGGCACAGUCCACGGUAUCCAAUCAGUCAACUUUACUUCCCCUUGAAUUGGUGGACAAGUGCAUCGGAUCGAGGAUACAUAUUAUAAUGAAAAAUGAUAAGGAAAUAGUCGGAACAUUGCUGGGAUUUGAUGAUUUCGUAAAUAUGCUUCUUGAAGACGUAACGGAAUACGAAAAUACACCAGAAGGGAGGCGGAUUACCAAAUUGGAUCAGAUUCUGCUGAAUGGCAACAACAUAACCAUGUUGGUGCCUGGUGGCGAAUUGACGGAAGUGGCAUGAAUUUUGAUCAUCAAGUGGUACCGAUGAUGAUAUAAGUAAUAAAGGUUAUUGUUAAGAACGUUUCUAAUUAAAAUUUUUCUGUAUUAACCAUCAAGUAAAAAAUGACAGUCCGUAA